CAGGGUUCCCCCAGAGCAGAGAUUGGACAAGGAACAGCGAGAGAGAGAGAGAGAGAGAGAGAGCCCUUCCUUCCUUCCCUCCCACCCUCCCACAGCUGCUGUACCAGUGGUGCUGUCAGAGUGGGGUAUGAGCGCAGGGAGGCGAUAACGUCUGGCCACUCGGACUCCCCCCACACCACCUCGUGUAGACUCGACGCCCCCCGCGUCCACUGCUCUUGCACACAGCCUCCGUGCAUUGACCGCCGUGUGGACCGGUGAUGGAUUCUAGGCUGCUGAUUGGACCGGGGUUCCCCACAUCGGACCCCACCGCCCGGGCACCCUGGAACAUCAGCUCCAUCAGUCCGCACCGGCUCAUGGAGCUGUCUCCAGUCGCUACAACUGGUUCCAUAGGUCCGAGCCACCCAUUCCCAACGGCCGACGUCCCAAACCACGCUCACUACACCAUUGGUAUUGUCAUCUUGGCCGUGGGCAUCACAGGCAUGCUGGGAAACUUCCUCGUCAUAUAUGCUUUCUGCAGGAGCCGGGGCUUGCGGACGCCGUCCAACAUUUUUAUCAUCAACCUGGCAGUCACGGACUUCCUCAUGUGUUUCACCCAGACACCCGUCUUCUUCAUCACCAGCAUGCACAAGCGAUGGAUCUUUGGAAAGAAAGGUUGCGAGUUGUAUGCCUUCUGCGGCGCGCUGUUUGGUAUCUGCAGUAUGAUGACACUGAUGGUGAUUGCGUUGGAUCGGUACGUGGUGAUCACCAGGCCUCUGGCCUCUCUGGGGGUGAUGUCUCGCAGGAAAGCCCUUAGCAUCCUGGCGGUUGCCUGGGUCUACUCCAUGGGCUGGAGCCUCCCCCCCUUCUUUGGCUGGAGUGCCUAUGUCCCGGAGGGUAUGAUGACGUCCUGCUCCUGGGACUACAUGACCUUUACCCCCUCUGUCCGCUCCUACACAAUGCUGCUCUUUACCUUUGUCUUCUUCAUCCCUCUCUCCAUCAUCAUCAUCUGCUACUGCUGCAUCUUCAGAGCCAUCCGACACGCAACACGGGCGAUAUCAAAGAUCAACAGCCAGGGAACCAGAGACUCUGCGAAGAAGUUCCAUAAGAUGAGGAGUGAAUGGAAGAUGGCCAAGAUCGCCCUCAUCGUCAUCCUGCUGUUCGUCAUCUCCUGGGCCCCUUACUCCUGCGUGGCCCUCACUGCAUUCGCUGGGUACGCUGACAUGUUGACCCCCUACAUGAACUCUGUUCCUGCCGUGAUCGCCAAAGCCUCUGCGAUCCACAACCCCAUCAUAUACGCUAUUACACAUCCAAAAUACAGGUCAGCACUCAGCAGGUACAUUCCCUACCUCGGGGCGCUGCUGUGCAUUAGCGGCAGAGACCCGUUGAGCAGCAGCUUCCAGUCCACCCGCCGAUCAACGCUCACCAGCCAAUCGGAGAGCAAAGGCGCCAACAAGACCCGCCACUCCUCCCAGUCUGAGAGCGAAUCAGCCCACUUGUCAGACACCGAGGAGGACGGCUUGUCUCGGACGCCUGUCACUCAUCAGUUGUCCGCUGAUGUCAAACAGGUGCGCCGUGCAAGCCAGAGGUCAAAGGUGAGAAGUCACAACACAGGAGAGUUUGAGAGAACCGCCGCCCACAACCCGACUGACCCGGCCGUAUGUCACCUCUCACCGAUCACUACUCUGACGGAGCCCGAGGACAUCUCCAUGUCGGACAUGAGUCUGCAGCCAACCAGUCAUCUGCCUGCUACUCUGGAUAACCUGAGGGCGGAGUCGGGGCCGAGGACGGCGUGUAAACCAGCGCCACCCGUCAUCGCCACCUCCAUAUCCAGCCCGUCUAUACUCCAUAGUCCCCCGGGUCUUCGUGGCAACCACAAAUUGACACAAAAGCUCUGCCCGGUUGUCAAGGAGCCCCUCGACGUGGCGCGGCUGCAGACGACCGCAUUGCAGUGAGCAGCUGGACUAAAGUGCAGUGAGGCUGUGUAACUGUGUUUGUGGGAUUAUUUCCCCCCAUGGGACUUUUUCUGUGCACUAGCAUGCUGCUUUUCGAGUUGUGGUAACUCAAGACCACAGCAUGCUCUCCUGAUUUCUUUUUUUGCGCGUAGUUUAUGAGUAUGUGAGCGUGAAUGUGUCCGUGUCCGUGUUUGCAGAGAUUUGCUGUACUUCUUUGACGUUUUCUGACACAUCACGAUGGUUGACGAUCGUUUAUCUACGAGCAGGAGGCAACAAAUUAGCCGUAACGGACACAAUGGGAAGAGUUACUGUACAUCUCCAGGAAGGGGGAUCCUUUCGUCGUGCAAUUUCAGUUGUAGAUGUCAAAAACAAUGUCCAAUUGUCCGUCUUCAAAGAAUUGAGAACGGUAUUCAAGACAUGAACUGUUGAAAUUACGCCCGGUCAUUUUUCCUGAGCUUUGUCGGUCACGUAUGAAGACACGCAGCAGGAGGUCGUCCGAGUCUGGUGCGUUCACAACAGCAAGAAAAUAUAUAUUUCCUGCUUCUUUCCUCACACGGGCUCAUUUCACGAGGCGGCUGGCGGAAAAAAGUUCCAGAAAAUGUUCCGGAAAAUGUUCCGGCGGAGCAACAUUUGCAGACCUCUGCGUUCUUGCAUUCGGCGCCUCCGGAAAAGUUCAGGAAAGUGUCCGGACCUCGGUGCGUGUCUGCAAGCAGCUUUAAUCUUCUUUAUUUAUCCAUUCAUUGAACGUUUGCUGUCUCACAACCUCAGAAAUCCUGAAUUCACCUUUGCACAUUGUUCACGAGCCCUUUUGAAAUGACGCAUGUUUUUAAUGCAGACGGACACUUUGGUUCAAGGGACUGAAUAUUUCCAAAAGAGCCGACAAGAAGUGAAAUAGUGGUGGUUAUUGCUUGAACAUUCAACAGGUGGUGAGUAGGCGAGUUGUUUCCCAUAUAUAUCAAAUUUAUUCAGGCCUCCCAACGAUGUAGAUUUCCUUUCUUUAGUCUGCUUGGAACUCUGCCGGAAAGCUCAUGUUGACUGACGCGUCUUUCGCCGGUGGGUGCACCUGUGCCUCCCUGACCAGAAGUCAGCCUGUGAACGCCUCACCGAUUCACUUUGUGCUCAAACGCACCAUAAAUCGUUUUAAAUACAAAUAAAGGAAACCCCUUUUUUCUUUUUUUUAAACAUUAUGCUAACAUUCAAGUCUGUUCCGCCCCUUUAUUGGUAAAAAACCAAAACACUUAACGCCACUUUAAAGUGAGAUGUACGUCUUAAAAUGACUAAUCACACACCCACUCGACAGAUCCGGAGGGGACGAAAUCACUUUGGCGAGGAUCUUUCCCCGGUCUGGUGACAUGAAACGGCACAGAGCGGACCGAUCGGGGCCACAGCCCAGUCACAACAGCACAGAACAUCGUCCAACCUAUGUGAGCGUGUGUGUAGCCACGAGAAAAACACUGGACUCUAGCAUUGUCAUUAAACAUUCCUCUUGAUGCCAUGUGACAUUCGCAAUUAGAUACACAGGAGACAGUUUGAUAAGUGACUUUGCCAUUUUUUUGUUGUUGUUGUUCCACUUCAGUGAGCUGCACUUCCCUUUCAGAUUACUUAAAAUUGCUGCACCAUUGACUAUGAUUGUAAUAGCUGUUUGUGUGUAGAAAUACAUUUCACGCAAUCUCAGUUAGAGCGGCAACAAAUGCUGUUGCUCAUUUGCCCUCCAGUUUCCAUCAGCGAAUGUACAAAGCUACAUGCGUUUAAGAGGUUAUGGAUACAAUUUUGGCAUUAUGACGAAACAAAGAGAAACAUUAAAUAUACAUGUGUUUACAGUAAAUAUAUAUAUAUUAGAUUUAAUGAAGUGAUG